AUGUUGAGGUAUGAUUAUGAAGAAUAUGAAGAAGUUGAUAGCGAAGAUGCCGAUGAUGAACAUAAUGUUUAUCCCCAGGCUAUCCCUGAUUAUAUGACAAAAAGAGGUACAACUGGAGUAUUCGAUAUUGAAGAUUUACGCAAAUUAUUAGAAGACGAGAGAGCUCUGGACGUCAUCUGCAUACCUGUACCCCCACAAUGUAGGUACUGCGACUAUCUAGUCAUCCUAACUGGAAAGUCCUACAGGCAUCUAAGAGCUAUGGCAGAAAAAAUUAAAAAAUUAUUCAAGACGAAGAGAAGUUCACAUGACCCAGAAAGUGUAAACAUUGAGGGUAAUAUUGUUGUCCAUCUUUUCCUCGAAGAAACAAGAAAGAAAUACAAUUUAGAAGAGCUAUGGACAGUUGGGCCCGAACUAGAUAGCCAUUGUAUCCAGGAGAGGGCCGAAUUAGAGGGCAUCAGGAAUAAAUUAGGGGUUGGUAGGGCGACCGUAAUUGCUAAUGGGCAUAAGAUAUCUCCAAGUGAUUUUUCCUUUGAUGAGGAGUUAGAAAGAAUAAAAAAGUUGAGAUUGGCAGAGAAAUUAGAGGGAGAGAAAGAAAAAUGUUGA